AUGAAUGACACCACUGUCAUAUUCUCUCUUGCUGUCUGCCUUAUCCCUUUUUCUUGUCUCAACGCUGGCUCUCCCUCCCCAGGUCUGUCUGUCCCAGGUGCCGCCAUGUCGUCCAGCAGCUCGUCCAGCUCCAGCUCCAGCUCGGACAGCUCCGGCAGCUCGUCCGACUCGUCCUCGUCCGACACGGAGCAGUCGGCCGGCUCGCAGCGCUCCACCCGCCGCUCGCCCGGCAAAAGCCCCAAACCGCAGCCGGAACGGCGCAAAUCGUCGGGCGGCUCCGCGCCGGCCAAACCCACCAGGUCCGAGGCGCAGUCCAAGUCCGCCAGCCGGAAGGCCAGCUCCGCCACCGGGUCAGCUGCGGGACGCUCCGCCGCCUCGGCGACCGCCGCCCGCGCGCCGCCCAAGAGUCCGGUGCGCCGGGCGGCCGCCGACUCCAAGGCAGCCAAGAAGAGCAUCUUCAGCCCGGACGAGAGCAGCGCCAGCGAACCAGAGACGGCCAGCAAGCCGACCGCCAAGGCGCCGCCCAAGAAGGCUGGCCGCAAACCCAACGGGCCGGCCAAAAACUCGUCGCUGUCGUCCUCCAGGGCCUGCUCAGGCGCCGACAGCGGCUCGUCAUCCGCUGCCGAGGAGCCCGAUGGCGGCGCCGCGCCGUCCACCCGGCUGCCGGCGGCGGCGGCCCCUGCGCGGCCCGCCGCCGGCAGCUCGGCCACGCCGGCGGCGGGCUCCUCGGACAGCGAGGCGGUGCGGCGGCGCACGCGCAGCACCCGGCCGUCGCGCUCGCAGCUGAAGCGGAGCGCCAUCUACAACACCGACUCGGAGUCGGAGACCGCGGACAGUCAGCAGGGCACCAAGGGCCCGCGCAAGAAGAAGCGUCUGGGGGGCAGCGGACCGGCGCCGCCGCGGCCGGCCGCCGAUCAGCCGCCGCCGCAGCGGCCGCCCACCAUGGGCGAGGGCUCGUGCCCCGUGCCGGGCUGUGACAGCAGGGGACACCUCAGCGGCCUCUACGAACGACACUUCAGCCGCAUCGCCUGUCCCGUCUUCCACCGCACCACGGACGCCCAGGCCAAGGACCACCAGCUGGAGCGUGAGAUCCGCGCCUCGGACCGCCAGAAGGCGCUCAACAAAUACCGCAGCGGCCAGGUGACUCCCGAGCAGAAGAGCUAUGUGUCGCGCAUCACCGGCCAGCGGCGGCAGUCGACAGAGAACAUGGACCGAAAGCCCGAGGUGAUAGACGAUGACCGGUCGCGGGAGAUCGACCUGGACAACCUGGCGCCCAGCUACGACCUGAUGCUGUUCAGGGAGGCGCAGGCGGCCGCCAGCGCCCAGAUCGAGGACAACCUGCGUAACCUGCCCGACACGCCGGGCCUGCACUCGAUCGAGAUGGGCCGCUUCGAGAUGGAGGUGUGGUACCAGUCGCCGUACCCAGAGGACUCUGCGCGCGGCUCGAAGAUGUUCAUCUGCCAGUACUGCCUCAAGUACCUGCGCUGCCGCACCUCGCUCGAGCGGCACAACGCCAAGUGUGUGUGGCGCUUCCCGCCGGGCGAUGAGAUUUACAGGAAGGACGCUCUCUCUGUGUUUGAGGUGGACGGCCGCCGGUUCAAGUCCUACUGCCAGAACCUCUGCCUCCUCGCCAAGCUGUUCCUGGACAACAAGACGCUGUAUUUCGACGUCGAGCCGUUCCUGUUCUACGUGAUGACUGUGGCCGACUCGGAGGGGUGCCACGUGGUCGGCUAUUUCAGCAAGGAGAAGAACUCGUUCCUCAACUACAACGUGUCGUGCAUCAUGACGCUGCCGCCGUACCAGCGCCAGGGCUACGGCCGUCUCCUGAUCGACUUCA